CAGCAAAAAUGAGAUUAUCUCUGACCCUUUUACAUUUUCUUAUCGGGAGCUGAACGCACUUUCGACUGGGGACCAUAAGACAAUGGAAUUCAGCGUAGUGUAAGAAGGGAAAUGCCUUUUGAAACGAUUGCAAAUAAGGUCGAGAGAAGCCAAUUGGUGAUGGAGUACUUCUAAGCACCGUUUACAUUCGAGGGUGAAUGGAUAAGGAAACCGCGUGGUUCCUAACUCCCAAGUGCUCAGAAGUCAGAAAACCCAGUCGGAUUUCAAAUUUGAAAGGCAAGAGAGUGGGAAGAAAAGGGGGGAAAAGGCCGACCAAUGCGAUUGAAGCAAGUGGAACAACUCAGAAACAGGCUCGACCCUUCGCCAGUUCCACGUUGGAACUUGCGACGUGGAACCCAGUCUUGGUGCCUUCCAUCGUCCCAAAACGGCAAAAACGCAUUGGAAAAUAUUGAACCGUAUCUCGGAUAGGGCAUAGACGACUGACCUGCUUGGAAAAAACGGUAACGGCCUGUUUUUCGGAAAUUGUGUAAAAUAGGUUCCGCCCGGUCGCCGGGACCGCUAACAACCGGGUGGCCGUCGGUCGAACCCUCCAUCAACCAGCGACUUCAGUCGUAUUCGGAUUCGGCUCGGUUUUAUUUUUCUUCCCAGCUCCGUCCGGGUUUUUGACUUCGACUUCUUACCUUCUCUGGUUGAUUUUUCUGCGGCCGGAGCCGCCUGCCGGGCCAAAAUGUCUGCAAUCACGGAUUUCAGCCUGAUGGACAUCCUUUUCGACAAAGACGACCAGAUCAAAAUGGAUUUGAGGCCGGAGGAUGUUAAACUCGAAGAUAAACAUUCCAAUGAUUACUGGGAGAACACAGGUGUCGAUUUUCUCGAUUCAAUUCUUUUCAAUCAAAAUUUGGACCUGUUGCCAGAGGACGAGCUCUUGACACAACCACCGCUAAACAAUGUCUCCGGGAGUGUUUGUUCAGACAGCGGUCUCUCGAGUGAUCAACAGAUGUCUCCGUUAUCUUUUGAAAGCACAGACGAACACGACAACAGCCUUUCGAAUGACAUGAACAUUGACCCUCUUGCCCUUUUGAAUACGAGUUUUCCACAAGUUGAAGAACCGACUAAAGAAGAAGAUGAUGAAGAAGAAGAAGAAAUAAAAGAAGAAGUUAUCGUUGAAUCGAAGCCUGUAGUCCGAGUAAAGCCAUCAGUCUCAAGGAACACAUCCCGAAUUUUGAACAUUUCUUCGAUUCAAAACAACCCGAGAUCCAUUCUCAUACCAGUGAAAGGAAGAAAUGGCCUAAAAACCAUUAAAAUAAUAAAGACAACUGGACGGAAUGUUCCCAAACCGCAGAGCAUCAAAAUUGAGCCUUCGUUUGAGGAAGCAAGGAGCUCCAGCGAUGAUACUGGUGACGAGAGCGAACAGACUGUCAACAAUAUCUACCCCAGGCUCAAGUUGACUGAUGAGGAAAAACGACUCAUGGUAAAAGAGGGUAUAACACUACCUAGCCACUAUCCUUUGACCAAACAAGAAGAACGGGACCUUAAACGAAUCAGGAGAAAAAUCAGGAAUAAGAUUUCCGCUCAAGAUUCAAGGAAAAGGAAGAAGGAGUAUGUUGACGGCUUGGAAGACAGGGUGAAACAGUGUUCGGCGGAAAAUGCAAACCUGAUGAAAAGGGUGAAAGCUUUGCAGAACGAAAACCAGUGUCUGAGUGCCCAGCUCAAGAGACUGCAGGCCGUUAUAGCGCGGAGUACACCUCAGCAGGCCCAGCCUGCAACAUGUCUUAUGGUGCUUGUCCUUUCCCUUGCUCUCAUAAUGGCGCCGAACAUGAGAAGCACCACCAAAAGCACAUCACAGAAUGAUAUAAGCAUUCCUGAUGCCAAAACUUCCUCUUUAGGUCGUUCAAGGACGCUUUUGGAAGUCCAUAAACAAGUUGAAGGUGGAUUCCUUGAACCGCCGCUUGAUGGCUUGACCAGCGAUGAAGAAGAAGAGGAGGGAGGCAUUUUCUCAGAACUCGCUGAACUUCUUCACUUCAGGGCAUCACCAUCACAGCACGACCACGACUACACAAACCCGAGGGUGAGGAAGCGAUCUCGUGCUUUCGUCGUCCCCCCUGUGGACGACAAUUGGCCCCCGCCAAAGCGCCCUUAUAGUCCUCAGAAUAUCGAGUACGUGUAUUUCAACCAGAAAAAUAAAACGAGACCAGAAUCUCCGAGCAACAUCGUGGAGAUUGAGCUAACAAGCAGUGUUGAAGAAAAUUAAAAUGACCAAUACUGCGAUCUGCUGCUGUACACUUAAUGUGCUCAGUUCCUAUGGCACAAUUUUUUAGUAAAACACUUUUAGACUGA